UAAAUUGAAAUUAAUACCGGCUCCAAAUUUGAAGGCAAAUGAAAACUUGAUAUUAGUAAAUGAGAAGUUGAACAUAAUAAAUACAAUUGCAAAAGAUAUACGCAAAACUGCUAAUAUUGCAAAAAACAAAUUUACAAAAGUAAAAGAAGAAAGGAUUAAUAGAUUUAUGAAAUGCUUUGACUAUCUUACUUCUCAUGUAGAUUACAUUUAUAAAUAUUUACUUAAUAAUAAGACUGCUCAAGCUUUCCUUGUUCCGCACAAUCCAGAAGAACCAUAUUUAAACGACAUAAAUUACAGUUGCAUGGUACCAGGGAAAAAUUUUAAUGUCUUAUCGAGUCUUUCAGGAGGAGAACAAGUAUUUGCUGUUCUAGCUUUACUAUUUGCAAUGCACAGGUACAGCUUUUCUUAAUAUUUACUAAUUAACUUGCGAUAUGUUUAAACGUAAUACCUAUUACAUUCAUAUUGUAGAUAUGAAGCUGCACCAUUUAUUAUUUUGGAUGAAAUAGAUGCAACUUUGGAUAAAAUUAACGUUGAAAACUUUGUUAAUUUUGUCCGAUCCAAUCUUGAUUUAAUGCACUUCAUAAUAAUAUCAUUAAAAGAUAAAUUAUUUGUUAAUGCUGAUAAUCUUAUUGGAGUCACUGCUAAAGUAACGUUUUAUUAACAUUUUUCUUUUAUAUAUAUGUUUUCCUUAUUUUUUU